CAUCGCAUCGCCUCCGCUCCCAUUUUCACCUCGCUAAUGAUUUAUGGGUUUCCGAAGCCUCCUCCUUCACUCAAUCGCCAAAUAGAUAAGCCCACUUCGUCGCAAUCAAACGCUCCGAUCUCAAAGCCGCUUGUCUUCUGAAAGACGCAAUCAAACGCUCCCCAACUGGUUUCCUCACCACCCAGUCCUUCGCCGAUUGGCAGAAGCUCCUCGGACUCACCGUCCCCGUCCUUCGAUUCUUGCGCAGGUACUUUGAAUGUUAAAUUAGAUUUGAUAGAUGAAUAGAUAGCCAUUUCUAAUGUAUGUGAAUCCAAUCAAUUUUUUUCUAGGUAUCCAACUCUGUUCGAAGAAUUCCCACACGCCCGCUACACGAACCUGCCAUGCUUCCGACUUACCGAAACAGAGCAGCUUCUCGACUCACAUAGUCACUUGAACAAUCCAUCCACCUAGCUCACGAGGCUGAAACCGUGGAGAGACUCUAGAUUGCUGAUGAUGAUGAAAACCAGAACGACACCAAUUCAAUCUAUCCACUCGCUGAAAUUCGAUUUAGGUCUCCCCGAUAACUUCGAACGUAACUUAAUCCCUAAACAUCCCGACCACUUCCGAGUACUCAAGGCAUCCAACAGAAUCGGAUGCUUGCGUCUCGCUGAAUGGAAGUCGGAAUAUGCAUUCUCUGCUCUCCAAAUGUCCCACGAGAGCAAGAACAAAAACGGGAACAACGACGAGUACAGGCCAUUCAAACGCGGCAGGCGACUUUGACCUUCCCGAUGAGUUUUCCUAAAGGGUACGGCAGUCAGAAGAAGGUGAGGGCGUGGAUGGAUGAUUUUCAGAAGUUGCCGUACAUUUCGAAGUGGGCUUCUCGAUUUGGGGAUUUGGCGACGGAGGAGGCUUUGGAAACCAAGAAAUCAAUCGGCUAGAUGAAAGUGGGAGCGGAGGCGACGCGCUGAAGCGGAGGUUGCCUAAUGUCAAUUUAGAAUUUAUAUUAUUUUUUCUGUUUUAAUUAUUCUGGCUUAUUAUGACAAUGAGUUGGAAUUCUAAAAGAUUAAAUUUUAUUUUAUUUAUUAUUUUUUAAUUGUCACGUCACUCAGUUAACGGUCAACUUUGAAAGUUGACUGCCACAUAAGACAAAACUAACGGAGUUAGACGGUGAGUGACCAAAUUUGAAACACUUAACUAAUCUUAGUGACCACGAAUGGAAUUAAAUAUUUUUAGUGACCAAACAUGAACGUUUUUAGUAAAUACAGUGACCAACCUUGCAAUUAACCCGGAUUUAUUUUAUCAGUUUUUUUUGGAAGUCAUAUUUAAGUUAUAUUUAAUUUAUUUUUAUUUUGUAACCAAAAUAACAAAGAAAAUAUUUUUUAUGGUUUUGUCCAUAUAUUUUAUUUUAAUUAGAAAAUAAUAAUUUCAUAAUAAGGAAGCAUAAUAAAAUAUAUCCCGAGAUAGUAUUUGUUGGGGAAUGUUCAAACUCGAAGGAGAUAGGUAUGUGCUAUUUUAAAAUGGUUUUAUGUUUGUUUGAAGUAGUUACUGAAUUUUUUUUUUGUGAUACGUAGGAAUUCAGUCUUAUGUUAAUGCGAGAAGUAACAUUGAUAUAGACAACUAUUAAGUAUAGUGCAAAUAAUUAACGGAGAUAUUGAAUCGAUCAAAACAUGUGAAGGAUUCUAUAUGUUGUAAAAUUUAGAAACACUAACUUAUCGGGGAACAAUACCGAAUUUCUAUACGCAAGAGUAUUUUUAUGUAGAAACUCGAAAUAGAUUUUACGUGUUGGGCUAUUGCUACAACGGUUUCAUGUAUGUCUGGAGCAUUUGUAAGAUUUUGUGAUAGUACACAAAAAUCUAUUAGUACUCACAAUCAAUGUAGUCAAAAUCGCGUUUUAAAACUUAAAAACUUACAAUUCUACGUUUCUAGGUAACUAAUACGCUUCUACACAGAAUCUCAGUUUUUAUAACUUAUGUAGUUAAAAAAUCUGCUUUAAAACUUAAAAACUUACGAUUUUACGCUUCUAAAUCAUCAAAACGUUUCUACUUAGAAACUCGCUUUUGACUACAUUGCUCACAAUACAAAUAUAUAAAUCUAAUUGACAUACAUAUGGUGAUAUAAGCAACAAGUUAGUAUUGCAAAUAAUCGAUAGAAAUGAAGACGGUGAAUCGAUCUAGGAAAACAAAUAAUUUUAUUCACGAGAAAAUCUAUAAAAUACGCAUUAUGUAUAGGGGAUUAUAAUACCUUAAAAUUAAAAGGAAAAUUUUUAAUUAUAUGAUAAAUUCUUGGCUAAAAUUCGCUAUCUAUAUAUGUUUCCAACAUUUUUGGCAUAAAAUGAAUCUUAUAUCUAAUUUAUAUCACAUAACUUGGAUAAACUUGUUAUUUAAAUAAGACAAAACAUUAAAAAUCCUACAAAAACGCCGGUCUAUCCAAAUUAAGAAUGAAAGACAAGACAACAAAAUCCAUGCGGUCUAUGUAUAGAAUGUACCGUCACAAAAAACAAAAAAGCAAAUAUUUAUUUCCCAUUUUGUAUAAUGACAAAUUCAAAUUUUCUUUCUAUUAGAAAUUAAUUUCUAAAUGGCAAAUAUAUCCCUCAAUAAAUUUUUGUUAUUGGA